UGCAAAGCAAAUGGGUAAUCUUACCUGCUCAAGUAAUGCCGAUUGCCUGGAUGUUACCGGGAUGCCCGGUUACAAGGUUUGCAGAUGUAAUGAGGGGUAUAGGGGUGAUGGUUACCAGGAGGGCGGCCGAUGCACUGAUAUAAAUGAAUGUGAUAUUUCUCAAAAGAAUCAAUGCAUUCCACCACCGGUGUGAAGAUGUUUAAACAUGAAUGGUUCUUACACUUGCUCAUGCGCGAAGGGAAAAGGUGAUGGUAGAACCAGCUGCACAGAAGACAGCCUACUCAAACCCUUGCUUAUAGGAAUCUUUUCGUCGUUGCUAGGAGGACCAGUGAUUUCAGGGGCCAUAUUUUGGUUAGUGCAGAAAAGGAAACAGGUGCUUCUGAGAAGAAAGUACUUUCUGCAAAACAGAGGCCUCCUUCUUCACGAAUACAUCUCUUCAGACAGAGGAAGGAGGAAAGCAACCAUAUUCUCAGAAGCAGAGCUUGUAAAGGCAACCAACAAUUUCUCUGAAGAUCUCCAGGUGGGAGUUGGAGGUUUUGGGAAUGUUUACCAGGGAAAACUGGAAGAAGGCCGAUUGGUAGCUAUAAAGCAAUGCAAAGAAGUUAAUGAUGUACUGAUCGAUCAAUUCAUCAAUGAAGUUAUAAUUCUAUCUCAGAUUGAUCACAGGAACAUUAUAAAACUAUUGGGCUGCUGCUUGGAGACCCGAAUUCCAUUACUGGUGUAUGAAUAUGUCUCCAACGGCACACUCUCAGAUCAUCUCUAUGGAAAGCAUGAGAUCAAAUUCUUGACAUGGGAUAUGAGGUUACAAAUUGCAAUAGAGACUGCAGAAGCACUGGCUUAUCUGCAUUCUGCUGCUUCGGUUCCAAUUGUACACAGAGAUAUUAAGUCUGCAAACAUUUUACUCGAUUCUACAAACUCUGCCAAGCUAUCAGACUUUGGAUUGUCCUGUCUAAUGCCAAUGGACAAUUCCCAUCUGACUACCGGUGUGAAGGGGACAUUGGGGUAUGUGGAUCCACAUUACUACAAGACUCUUCAGCUAACAGAUAAAACAGACAUUUACAGCUUUGCGGUUGUGAUGGUGGAACUUUUAACCAGUAUGAAGCCCAUGUCUGUAGGCAGAGCAAAAGAGGAACGUAUCUUGGCAGACUUAUUCCUGUCUAGAAAAAGCCAAGGUCUCCUUGCUGAGUUAUUUGACACUCGAUUGUUGAUAAAGGAUCACAUGGAGUCCAUGACAAUGGUUGCUAAUUUAGCUGAAGCUUGUCUAAAUGAGGAUGUGAAUAAGCGGCCCUCCAUGAAAGAGGUUGUUCAAGAGCUCUUGCUGAUUAGUGGUGGGAAGAUGAGAGUUACAGGAGGAGCGCAUGCUUCAGUAAGCCAGAAAGACUUGAAAGUUAUGAAUGAAGAGGAGAGGUCUGGUCCUGUAGUUUUACAGGGAAGAAGUCAUCAACUGAAAAAAACAAUGACAUUCAAUAUAAAAAGCAGGGUGUCUCAUUCAUCUCCUCCAAGCAUCAUAUCUUCCAUCUUCUAAUUAGGGUUUCUAUAUAGGUUAACUUUACUUUUUUCCAGUGAACAAUUUAACUCCUCUUUUGAUUUGAUGUUCACUGUAUUGUUCUUUUUGGUGAUUUGGGGUGGACCAGUUGAGGCGUGGCUAAUUUUUUGAGAUGACAGGAAUGGCCUGGUUGGACUCCAUGGACCUAUAGAUUUAUUUAAUGAGUGUAAGCAUUGUUCAUGAAAUAUUGGUCAACAAAGUUGACUCAAUAUAUUUUGUAAUUGAACUUAGAUAAAAUACUAUAAAGGUUUGUUAUUUGUAAUUGUUAUUAUUAUUGAAUGCACCUUUUAAUAAAUGAAAAUAAUUAUUGUGUUUUUGGUUAA